AAAGUCAAAUUUAAAAACCUCACGUAACCUUUAUUGAAUAGCAUUGUUUAUCUCUUUUUUGUGAAGUUUGCAUACUAAAAGGUGGAACUCCAUAAAACUGUUCUAUUGAUGUCUGGUUUGGACAUGUACUGUGUAUAAGUGACAAUCUGAAUGUGGCUGUAUUUUGGCUGAGAGACAUUAUACGUGUAGAGAAAACUCUGUGACUGCUUCGUCUUUUGUUAAAUAAAAAAGUUUAUUGAAGAAGAAUGGCCCGACGCCGUCAAGAAGCUCUGCAGGCUGGACAAGUAAUUGAGCAAGGUAAGAAUUGGCCUGAGAAGUUUACUAAGUUGGAGAUAAUUAAGGAGAUUCCUUAUGACCCGGCGCUGGACCAUAUCUACUCCCUCCAGUACUCAUACAAUGGGGAACAGCUGGCCGUGGGUCACGGAAACGGGGCCAUCAGGCUGUACAGCUCUGCCACAGGGGAGCUAGUGUCGGAGCUGAGGAAGUCUCGCUAUGGGGGGAUGGCCAUCAUGUGUAUGAGGUUCCACCCAAAGGCGCAUCACAUCUUACUGGCCACGACCUCAGACGGGAAUAUCUUCUCCUGUAACACCAACACUGGGGAAGUUACAGAGUUUGCUAAAGAGAUUGGUAAUGAAAUUAACUGUCUAGAUUUUGAUUAUGAUGGCUUACGAUUUGCUACUGGAGGGAGAGACUUGAAAAUAAGAAUUUAUGACUCCAAAACAGGACAGGUGGUUCAUUCAUAUGAAGGAUAUAAUGAAAAAAAGAAUCCAACAGAAAUACAGACAGCAGGAUGUGCAAUGCGAGUAUAUGCCCUUAAGUACCACCCAGAGUAUGACGACAUUUUUAUCACAGGUGGAUGGGAAAACCACCUUAAGAUCUGGGAUGCUCGUUCUAAUGAUGGCGUAAAAAGGACGAUUCACGGACCCCAUAUCUGUGGGGACAGUCUGGACCUAAAGGGAAUGAAAAUUUUAACUGGAUCGUGGGUAGCAACACAUGCCCUACAGGUCUGGAAUUAUACGGAGGGUAAACUGGAGAAGGACGUGCCAUUUAACUACAAGGGACAUGACGGAGCCUACCUCUACUGUGCCCAGUUCUGUGAUAACGACGUGGUGGUGGCCGGAGGAAGUGGUACCAACAGUGUACAGGCCAUCAACACUGAAACGGGGGAGGUUAUUGGUACAAUCCAGUUGCAUCACCCUGUACAAGCCCUGGACACUGUGAUGGGGGGUCGGUUACUAGCCGUGGGAGGAGUGGAGAACAGUCUGGUCCUCGCAGCAUUGAAAUAGGGAGAACAAAAAACUGUGUUCAGCAUUUGUUGCAAAUUGCUUGUUGCCAAAUAGGAUAUCUAUCCCAUUUCAUGAUGAGUCAUUUAAUUUUUUUUCUGUAAAAUUCUGUAAGGCACAUUUUUAUUCACUAUAAUAAUGAGUUAGAGUAGUUCUACUACUUUGAAACACCUGAUUUGAACAACUGCAUAAUUUUUUGUUGUUGUAUGUGUGCCAAAGCACUCUGUAUAGACUGAAGAAAAAGAGGAGACUGUGCAUUAUCAAGCAAGGUAGUGUCAUACUGAAUAAAGUUAACAGGAAUAAAUGUAUGUGGUGUAGGACACUGUGUCAUUGUCCCAUACACAGGUCAGCUGUAUCUAAUUCUGAUGAACAAAACUGUCACAGACAUGCACUGAAAAAUGUAUUUCUAAUGCAUGUAUAUUUAUGUAUUAUAUUAUGUUAAUUUCUUUUUGAAUUGAAUUUUGUUAUUAAUCCGUCCCUCUGUAAUAUUUGCAUAAAAGUAUUUCUUCCAUGUUUAUACCUGUGAAAAUCUGAAGCAUAAUAAAAUGAGUGAGAAAUAGCUCUGGUCA